CUUCUCCACCAGUUGUUCCUCUUUCCAUCCUCCGCCACACUAUUUGGGCUGCUGGCAACCUCUCUCAUCUCAUCCCAUCCCAUCCCAUCUGUGGUCUUGCUUCCAUUUCAAUUUCCUCGCAUUAUCCUCCUCUUUUCUCUCCUUGAGACUCAUGAUCCAUUCACGAUAUAUAAUUCUACGUGACGACAACGCUGAGCGGAGUUAAUUAUAAAGGAAGGAGAGGCCACUGUCUUCCACGUUAUCCGCUGCUGGAUGAUCCACAAAAAAAGCACUGACGCACCAGCCUAGGUCGUAAAACAGCCCCCGGAGGUGCUUUCUCAUCCAUAAUUCUCGAGAGGAUGUCGCCGAAGCCGCUGGACUACGAGUCGCUGAAUGAGAAUGUGAAGAAGGUUGCAUAUGCCGUCAGAGGGGAGCUUUACCUGCGGGCGUCGGAGUUGCAGAAGGAGGGGAAGAAGAUUAUUUUCACAAAUGUCGGGAACCCUCAUGCUCUCGGACAGAAGCCACUAACAUUUCCCCGUCAGGUGGUAGCAUUGUGCCAAGCUCCAUUUCUAUUGGAUGACCCUAAUGUCGGGCUUUUAUUCCCAGCAGAUGUCAUUGCAAGAGCUAAACAUUAUCUUUCAUUGACUUCGGGUGGUUUAGGUGCAUAUAGUGAUUCUCGAGGGCUUCCUGGAAUUAGGAAAGAAAUUGCAGAGUUCAUUGAAAGGCGUGAUGGUUAUCCUAGUGAUCCAGAGCUUAUAUAUCUGACAGAUGGAGCCAGUAAAGGUGUUAUGCAGAUAUUGAAUACUAUAAUCAGAAAUGAGAAGGAUGGUAUUUUGGUUCCAGUUCCGCAAUACCCUCUGUACUCUGCUGCAAUAUCCUUGUAUGGUGGGUCUCUUGUGCCAUAUUAUUUAGACGAGGAGGCUAACUGGGGGCUUGACAUUAAUCAUACCCGCCAAUCAGUUGCAGAAGCUCGGUUAAAAGGAAUUACUGUUCGAGCUAUGGUUAUUAUAAAUCCUGGAAACCCCACUGGGCAAUGCUUAAGUGAAGCCAAUCUAAGAGAAGUGUUGAAAUUUUGUUAUCAAGAAAACUUGGUCCUGCUUGCUGAUGAAGUUUAUCAACAAAACAUAUAUCAGGAUGAGCGGCCCUUCAUAAGUGCAAGAAAAAUAUUGGCGGACAUAGGCCUGCCAAUUAGCAAAGAGGUUCAACUUGUGUCUUUCCACACUGUGUCGAAAGGAUACUGGGGAGAAUGUGGUCAGCGUGGAGGAUACUUUGAAAUGACUAACCUUCCUGCUAAGUCUGUAGAUGAGAUCUACAAGGUUGCAUCAGUAUCACUGAGUCCAAAUGUUCCUGGCCAGAUCUUUUUGGGCCUGAUGGUUAAUCCCCCCAAACCAGGAGAUAUCUCUUAUCUGAAGUUCGUUGCAGAAAGUAAGGCAAUCCUCGAGUCCCUGAGGAAAAGAGCCCAUAUAAUGACGGAUGGGUUUAAUAGUUGCAGAAAUGUUGUUUGCAAUUUUACAGAAGGAGCCAUGUAUUCAUUUCCACAAAUACGUUUACCUCCAAAAGCUAUUGAAACUGCUCAAAGGGCUGGCAAGGCUCCUGAUGUUUUCUAUUGCCUCAAGCUCUUGGAAGCAACAGGAAUCUCCACAGUGCCAGGCUCAGGCUUCGGCCAAAAAGAAGGGGUUUUCCAUCUAAGGACCACCAUCUUGCCGUCUGAGGAAGACAUGCCUUCUAUCAUGAGCAGUUUCAAGAAGUUCAAUGAUGAGUUCAUGGAGCAAUAUGAAGAUUACAGAGGCUACUCCAGAAUGUAAAAGGCUUUUGAAAUUGGACACCUAAAGAUACUACUAGUUCAAGGGAAAGAAAAGGAAUACUUGUUUCUCUCAUUAAGCUAUCUGCUUUGCAAAAUUUAGGGGCUCUCAAGUUUAAAUAUGACUAAUUGUUUGUAAAGAUAAAUUUAUCAUCUGAAAAUCCUUUUUAUGUAACUGAUUCAGUAAGAAUCAGGUGAAUGAAAUAGCACAAUACUGGUUAUUCUACUAAUAAUGACCUUAAUUAGUUUUCUGA